UCCCUGACCAAUCAGGGCCUGGAGCAGAGGGAUCCAAUAGGCAGCACCAGCGUCCUCAGAGACUUACUUGAGCUGGAGAAUCAAGCAGAGCUGAUCAGAGCCAAACCCAGCAAAUAUCAUGUCAGAGAAAAAUAACCGUAAGAACUCCUCUGCAAAUAACAACCAGAUUCAAGACCGGUCUAGAAAUGAGCUGCGGGUCCCUAUGAGCUUCGUGGACCGAGUUGUGCAAGAUGAACAAGAUGCCCAAAGCCAGAGUUCCUCCACAAUAAAUAUCCUCCUUACCCUGCUCGAUUGCCUUGCUGACUACAUCAUGGAGCAGGUAGGCUUGGAGGCCAUCAACAAUGGCAGGAUGCGCAACACUUCACAAGAUGGGGAGAGAGAAGGGGACAACCACCAUGAGCCCCACCGCACUGAGAGUGAUGGAACCCGCUUUGUGUUUGAUGAGAUGCCCAAAUCCGGAAAGAAUGACUGAAGACUGGGUCCCAGAGCCUUGAGGGGAUCCUCACAGGCUUAGCCAGGGCAAAAAUGUGUCACAGCUGAGGAAUAUCUGCUGUUGUCAUCAACAAGUGCUACUAAAGGAUGUAAAUCCAUGA